UCCAUCUAUCGUUCACAUGGUCAUUGGUCACCCAUCGGAGUGAGUUUCAGGUGAUCGUGGGGAAGUGUUUGAUUGAAAAAUAAAAAUGAACGUGAUCACAAAAUCCUCGAACAUCGCCUCGUUGACAAGAGCGACAGUAUCAGCUGUCUCGAAUGGAGCGUUGCCGGUGUCAGGGACGAGCAAGGCCUCCAAGAAGAAAAUUGCGACUCCACCGACGGUCACUCGCUCGACAAGCUACACUAUCGCUCAAGACCUCUUUGACGGACCGAUUCGCGUAGGCUCGGGACCAGCAGUGAGCACUCAAGUGGUCCAAAAACGUCUGGCUCAUACUGAUAUUCAGGUGCCGAAUUUCGAUGCUUAUCGCAAAGAUUUCCUGAAGGAUCCCACAGUCAAGACGAAUCAACAUGUGCCGGAAAAAUCCAACUUUGGGUAUCUCGUAGCUGGAGGCACUGGGUUGGCAACAGCUUAUGCUGCUAAAGGAUUUGUCGUUGAUCUUGUCAGUACGAUGGCAGCAUCAGCUGAUGUACUCGCCAGCUCCAAGAUUGAAAUCAAGCUCAACAAUAUCCCUGAAGGAAAGAGCAUGGUGUUCAAGUGGCAAGGAAAGCCUCUUUUUGUUCGUCACAGAAGUCAGAAAGAGAUUGCAAAAGAAUCAGAGGUCAACAUCUCGAGUCUUCGCGACCCCCAGCAUGAUAGUGAUCGUGUCAAACGGCCUGAAUGGCUGAUCGUCCUUGGAGUCUGCACACACUUGGGUUGCGUGCCAAUAGCCAACGCUGGAGACUAUGGGGGCUACUACUGCCCAUGCCACGGCUCUCACUACGAUGCCAGUGGGCGCAUUCGAAAAGGACCAGCUCCCCUAAAUCUCGAGGUUCCUACUUACGAAUUCGUCGACGAUUUAGUUAUUGUUGGUUAAUUUGAAGGAUAUUUCAUAGUAGUAGUACAUUAACAUCAUGGAUUCACUACUAUAAAUGCUGUCUCGAGAUUAAACGAUGGCUUUGAUAUUUCUUUCAAUUUUAAUCGAUUUCUGUGUUACAUUUGUGGAUUGAUACAGCUGAAGAUGUACAGUAUACCAUAUUAUAGGAUGAAAUAAAUAAAAAAUCAUGAGUAGAAAACGAA